CGGUUCCAAUAUUUCGUCUCCCUUCUGGAUCGUUAUUGCUAAUCGACAAACAAAUAGUUAGGGAUGUGCUUCGCUGCGUCGCAAGUCUAAUCAGUGCGCUGGAAUUGAGACAGCCUCGUAGAAGCCAAGUUCCACGUGGUGCGCACGACGAGCGCAAUUGUUGGUAAAUCAUUGUGAGUGAGAGAUAGUUUGUGAGCGAGCGAGACGGCAGAGCGGGAGAACAGGUAAAGACAGUCCAAUCUCAAGGAGAGCGAGAGCACAGGGAAGAGAGUAGAAAUGGAAAAUCCCGCGGGAAACCAGAACAAAGAGGAAGAGCCCAGCGGCGGCGAGACACGGGUGGAGCAGACUGGAUUGAGGCAUGAGUGCGGCGUGUUCGGCGCCGUGGCGUGCAGCGACUGGGAUGUGGCGCAGACGGUGUGCCUGGGCCUCGUGGCGCUGCAGCACCGCGGCCAGGAGUCGGCAGGCAUCGUGACGAGCGAGGGCAAGUGCGCCAAAAACUUCAACGUCUACAAGGGCAUGGGCAUGAUCAACAACAUCUUCGACGACGACGCCAUGCGCCGCCUGCGCGGCGGCCUGGGAAUCGGCCACACGCGCUACUCCACGUCCGCGGCUUCUGAGGAGGUCAAUUGCCAGCCCUUCGUCGUGCACACGGCGCACGGCGUCAUGGCGGUGGCGCACAAUGGCGAGCUGGUGAACUGCGAGAGCCUGCGGAGGGACGUGCUGUCUCGCGGCGUCGGCCUGUCCACGCACAGUGACAGCGAGCUCAUUACACAGGCGCUGUGCCUCAAUCCGCCCGAGGGCGAAGUCAACGGGCCGGACUGGCCGGCGCGCAUCCGCCACCUGAUGGACCUGGCGCAGCUCUCCUACUCGCUGGUCAUCAUGAUGAAGGACAAGAUCUACGGCGUGCGCGAUCCCUACGGCAAUCGCCCACUCUGCAUCGGCAAGAUCGUGCCGCUGAGCAGCAAAUCCUCCAAAGUGGAGUCCAUGAAUGCCGAGGGUUGGGUGAUCUCGAGCGAGAGCUGUGGCUUCCUCUCAAUCGGCGCCAGGUAUGUUCGGGAAGUGCAACCGGGCGAGAUAGUGGAGAUCACUCGCAAUGGAAUCCGCACAAUUGACAUUGUCGAGCGUCCGGAGAAGAAGAAGCAAGCGUUCUGCAUCUUCGAGUACGUGUACUUCGCCCGAUCCGACUCAUAUUUUGAGGGACAAAUGGUCUAUUCCGUGCGACUGCAGUGUGGCAGACAGCUGGCCCGCGAAGCUCCCGUGCAGGCAGACAUCGUGAGCUCCGUGCCAGAGUCUGGCACAGCCGCAGCCCACGGAUAUGCCAGAGAAUCUGGCUUGCACUUCGCUGAGGUGCUGUGCAAGAACCGAUACGUUGGCAGGACAUUCAUUCAGCCCUCAACGCGUCUUCGUCAGCUGGGCGUGGCCAAGAAGUUCGGCGCCUUGACAGAGAAUGUGGCCGGGAAGAGGCUAAUCCUGAUCGACGACUCAAUCGUGCGCGGCAACACAAUCGGGCCGAUCAUCAAGCUGCUAAGAGACGCCGGCGCUACGGAGGUGCACAUCCGCAUCGCCAGCCCGCCACUGCUCUAUCCCUGUUACAUGGGCAUCAACAUUCCCACGCGCGAGGAGCUCAUCGCCAACCGCAUGGACGCCCAGGCGCUCGCGCGCCACGUCGGCGCCGACAGUCUCGAGUACCUCAGCGUCGAGGGACUCGUGCGCGCCGUGCGUCUGGACCUGAAGUCGGACCAGCCAAAGGACCAGAUCGGGCAUUGCACGGCCUGCCUCACCGGAGAGUAUCCCGGAGGCAUUCCCGAGGAGCUGAGCUGGUGAAGGGCCUCUCCACCCAAUCUUCCUUCCCUUAACGACCCCAAAUCAACGGAGUUGAUUGGACUAUUCUUUUACGGAAAUUGUACAAAUCGCACUGAUUCUUUCAUGUACAAUUUAUUCUCUCUACAUGUCGAAUAUCAAAUGGAGAAGCGCAACUAUUUUAUUAUACUAAUUAAUGGUCUGAGAGGCAUAGGUAAGAAAUCAUUGUAAAACGUCUUCAGAGGCUGGAAUUUCAAUAAAUCCCUCAAUUUAUCAACUCUCUAA